AUGUCCGGCACAGCCGACGCCAUAGAAGCGGCCAUCUUGCACGGCGUCGAUUCGCACCCCACUUCCACCUACCGCGAAGAUCGACGAGCCGAUUCCGGCGGCUCUGCACACAACACCGAUGACGAACUAGGUUCCGAUCUACCUUCCGACGACGAUGACGAUCUCUACGCCAACGACGAAGACGGUGCUGGUGGUGCGCACGGGUCACACUCACGCACCGCUCCCUCUGCGCUCCAUGGUCUUCAAUCCUCUCGUACUGCAAAUCGUGGUGAAGAGGGUGCCAGCCACACGGGGCCCAAAGGUGUUCUUCGAGAUCGACAGCUGCGCGCACAGCAAGAAUCGUCCACCAGAGCUGCCAACGUUCACGCGGUCAAUCGAAAGAUGGAAUCCAUGGCAAUGACUUCCGAAUCCUACAGCGAGCAAGUUGCGAGAGAGCAACGCGAAGCUGCACUUGGACAAGAUGACGAUCAAGACGAUACAGCCAGUCGAACUGCAAUUGCCGAUCUGCAAGCCAAAGAGAGGAGAAGAGAACAGCGUAUCGCCGAGCUGAAAUCCUUCCACUCUACCAACCCACUUUCCGACCAUACGCACUCAAAUACAGUCGCCAAAGAUCGUUACUUCGGUCAUCUCCGCGAGGUCGACGAACGAGGCUACGUCUCAGCCAUCGAUAACGAAGAUCCCCGCGUCCCCGUCGUCAUCCACAUCUACUCGAAGGCCGUAGCUCAAUGCAACAUGCUCACCAGCUCACUCUCCAGUCUAGCCAGACAGUAUCCACAAACGAAAUUCUUGCAGGUUCAAGCAGCAGCCAUCGGUUUCGGUAGAGAUGCAGACGCAGAAACAGAAGAAGAAUUUGACGAAUACAAUUCAAAGACGUUGGAAGUCUUGCCGACAGUGUUGGUGUAUAGGGCGGGUAGAUUGGUGGCGAAUCUGGUCAGGGUCGAUUUGGAUCCCUUGUGGGGACGAGGUGGAGAGCAGGAUGCGAGAGAUCUGUUGGAGAAGUAUGGUGCGCUACCGACGGAUGGACAGGCGACGACAGGUGGGGGUGGGGGAGGUGCGGAUGGCGACGAUGAUGACGAGUAG